UAUUCGCGGUCGCCCACAGUGGUUUUUGCAGUAAAACGUUAUAGUUCUUUCACUGCCAAGCUCCCGGAACAGGAACACCCUGAAAUCGUCAUUUUCACCGCUAUUCUUACCAAAACUCAACUGAAAAAUGGGCGAUGCGGACAAAGGAGCAGCAGUUUUUAAAACCAAGUGUUCUCAAUGUCAUACAGUCGAAGCUGGUGGCAAACACAAGGUAGGACCUAACUUACAUGGUCUAUUCGGUCGUAAAACUGGUCAAGCUGCCGGAUUCACCUACACCGAUGCUAACAAACAAAAAGGAAUUACAUGGAAUGAGCAAACGCUAUUUGAAUAUCUAGAAAACCCAAAGAAAUAUAUUCCUGGAACCAAAAUGGUAUUUGCUGGUAUUAAGAAAGUAGAAGAAAGGAAUAAUGUCAUUGCCUAUUUGAAAAAAGCCACCGCGUAAUACCAGUAUUAUAUGGAAAAUGCAGACUAAAUGUAAUAGAUAAAUUUAUCAGCAAAA